GUAGUGUGGCGUGAGUAAUUCCUGCGUUUACUCCACCUAUCGGCGCAUUUCACUGAGAUUCGACUGAUCCUAAGUCCCGGUGGGGUUGAUGGAUUUAUGCCUGCCCUCAAACACACACCGGUGGCUUCGAUUCUGCAUUCGGACCGUUGGAUGAGUUAAAUGACAGGGACCGUAUGUGCUCACCACGAUUAUGGCCUGUCUUGUUUCAGAUCUGCAGUGAAAAUGACCUUUACGUGGAUGAUCAAAACAGACGGAAAGUUGGACGGAGGAAGUUAAAGUAAAGUGAAUAUUAGCCAGCAGCGCUAGCAACGCAACUUAAACGACACUUAUUUGACAUUUACAUGCUGUUUGAUUCAAUAUAGCGGAUAUGUAAACGUGUAAAUAGUGUUUAUAAUCGACUUACUGUGUUGUGUUUUUGUGUCGCACCGCUGUUGCUUUUAGUAACUACACUGAGUUUAUUAGCUUGUCUUGCUAGCUGUCAUUUGAACUACCUCUGAAGUCAGGACAUGUUGUUUGCCUGAUAAUUUACCAUUUUAAGUAUAUUCCCAUUCUUACUCGCAAAAUAUUUACGUUUAACUUUAUUUUUUUUUAUCCUGUAAACAUUUCCCAAAGAAGCUCCUCAGUGAGUAACGUUAAGUUAAGUAACUUAGCCUGUGUUUCUUCUAAAAACUCCUUAGCUUAAACAAAUAUAGAUUAAAAUAAGACAAUUAUUGACAUAAAGUAAGAAUAGUCUAUAGAGUUUAUUGACUCUCAAUUGUAUGGCAUAACUCCGAUCGUUCGUUAGAAUGAUAAAUAUUUGAGUUUAUCUUCUCACUCAAAUAGGAGUAACGUUAAAGAUUGCAGGGUCUUAAGAACAUAAUUAUGCUUUAUGUUGUAUGAUAAUAAACAUUGUCGAUAAAAAAAGAAAGAAGAAUAGAAUUACGCACAAGUUUCCACUUUUUCCGUUUAAUUUAAUUUCUGUCUCCGCAACUAGAACUGAUGCUGUCGAUUUGCUGAAAUCACAUUUAUAUUAGGCUAGUUUACAUGAAUAGAUAUCCAUAUAGCUGUGUAUUUUAGCAACCCUGCCUCAAUAACCUUCACUUUGAAUGAUCUCAGUAUUGAUAAGCUACAAGCAAAAUGUCUGUGUACUCAAAGCUUCCCUCCCAGCUGAAAAACCCCCUUGUGAAAAAGACCAUUCUCGUUCUUGUUGCGCUGUAUGGGGCGAAGAAACUUUCCCCUUACGUUUAUGGCAGGCUCAAAGGAAGAACUAGUAAACAGGUUAAGGGUGCCGACCUGGUGACCUCCAAUGGAGAAUCUCAAAAAGUGGAAGCCUCAAGGAAAAAGAAAACCUCCCCGGGCGUGAACCGUGAAUUCUUCGAGAGGUUGAUUCGUCUCUUGAAAAUCCUCUUUCCUCGGCUUUUCUGCAAAGAACUUGGACUGCUCGGUUUCCACUCUCUAGCCCUCAUUUCACGCACCUUUCUCUCCAUCUAUGUAGCCAAUUUGGAUGGGCAAAUAGUGAAAACCAUUGUGAAGAAAGACCCCAGGGCUUUUGUGGUGGAGUUAACCAAGUGGCUGCUCAUCGCCAUUCCGGCCACGUUUGUGAACAGUGCCAUCCGUUACCUGGAGGGUCAGCUCACCCUCGCCUUCCGCACCCGGCUGGUCACCCAUGCCUACAUGCUCUAUUUCAACGAUCAGACGUACUACCGUGUCAGCAACAUGGACGGCAGGUUGGCAAACCCCGAUCAGUCCUUGACUGAAGAUGUGGUGAUGUUUGCUGCCUCUGUGGCUCAUCUGUACUCUAACCUGACCAAACCAAUCCUCGACGUAGUGUUGACCUUUUACACGCUUAUUAAAAUAGGUGAGUCGAAAGGUGCCAACACCACUUGGCCCUCCGUCAUAGCUGGCAUCGUGGUGGCACUUACUGCCAAGGUCCUGAGAAUGUUCUCCCCACGCUUUGGUAAACUUGUGGCCGAGGAAGCCAGGAGGAAAGGCGACCUUAGAUACAUGCAUUCUCGCAUCAUCGCCAAUUCAGAGGAGAUUGCCUUCUAUGGAGGACAUAAGAUCGAGAUGUUUCAGCUGCAGCGGAGCUACACGGCGCUGUCCGAGCAGAUUAACCUGAUCCUGUUCAAGAGGCUGUGGUAUGUCAUGCUGGAACAGUUCCUGAUGAAGUAUCUCUGGAGCGCAUCAGGCCUGGUCAUGGUCGCUGUGCCCAUCAUCACUGCCACCGGAUACUCGAAAUAUGAUUCAGAGGAUGUGAAACAGGCUGCCCUGGUGAUGAAGGAGGAGGACUUGGUGAGCGAGCGCACACAGGCUUUCACAACGGCCCGAAACCUUCUAAACGCUGCAGCUGAUGCUGUGGAGAGGAUCAUGGUCUCCUACAAAGAGGUCACAGAACUGGCUGGAUAUACCGCUCGUGUGUAUGAGAUGUUCGAGGUGUUUGAGGAAGUGCGUGCCGGGGUGUACCGCCGUUCGGCCACAGAGGUGAAGCCAGAAGAGACAGGAGCAGCUCAGAUGGUGACACAUGGCACGAGAGUGGAGGGACCGCUGCAGAUAAGAGGUCAGGUGAUUGAUGUGGAACAGGGUAUUAAAUGUGAAAACCUGCCAAUAAUAACUCCUACAGGGGAUGUGGUGGUUUCCAGCCUGAACAUCAAGGUUGAAGAAGGCAUGCAUCUGCUGAUCACGGGGCCCAACGGUUGUGGAAAAAGCUCUCUGUUCAGGAUCCUGAGUGGCCUCUGGCCCGUCUACAGUGGAGUGCUCUAUAAGCCGUCACCCGAGCACAUGUUUUACAUACCUCAAAGGCCUUAUAUGUCGGUGGGAACGCUGAGAGAUCAGGUCAUCUAUCCUCACUCUGUUCAGGAUAUGCAAGAGAAGGGCGUUUCUGACCUUCAGCUGGAGGAAAUCCUCAAAACUGUGAACCUCUGCUACAUCCUGGAGAGAGAGGGAGGUUGGGACGCACUGAGCGACUGGAAGGAUGUGUUGUCUGGAGGAGAGAAGCAGCGGAUGGGCAUGGCCAGGAUGUUUUACCAUAAGCCUCAAUAUGCCCUCCUAGACGAGUGUACGAGUGCUGUGAGUAUUGAUGUGGAGGGCAAAAUCUUUGAAGCUGCAAAGGAUGCUGGGAUUGCGCUUCUCUCUAUUACACACCGUCCUUCUCUCUGGAAGUACCACUCCCACCUGCUGCAGUUCGACGGUGAGGGCGGCUGGCGCUUUGAGAAGUUGGACGCCUCCACGCGUAUUUCCCUGCAGGACGAGAAGCUCCGACUCGAGACCCAGCUCUCGGGAAUUCCCAAGAUGCAACAGCGGCUGGUAGAGCUGUGCCGCAUUCUGGGGGAGGACAGCAGCCUGCCGAACCCAGGGGACGUGGAGGAGGACGACAAGAUGGAGGAGGAGGAGGACAGAGAUGUAGUGGCUGGUGGAAAAGAGAAAGACCUUAUGGAGUGAUUUGAAGAUAAAUGACGGAUGUAUUCGAGGCCAGGUGUGUGUGUUUGUGUGUUUUGUGUGAAUAUAUCUACCCACACUUGCUUUA